AGGCUCCGAGGGAUGAACCGGAAGAGAAGCGACGGCCAUGAUGGCGGAUUUGGGGGUGCUGAGGGCGGUUCUGUGCGUGGCGGGAGCGGCGCUGUCGCUUUACGCGCUGCGCGUGGAGCGCGAGGCCGCGCGGGAUCCGCGGUACCGAGCGAUGUGCGACAUCGGGCCCAGCGUGUCCUGCACGCGCGUCUUCUCCUCGAGGUGGGGGCGUGGCCUGGGCCUGGUGGAGCCGCUGCUGGGGAAGGAGAGCGUCGUCAACGCCCCCAACGGCGCCUACGGGGUCCUCUUCUACCUCCUGCAGGGGCUGCUGGGUCGGUAUCGUGGCCGGGUGGCCUCGGUGACGCUGUUGGUGACAUCGGCGGUGGCGGCGGUGGCCUCGCUGUGGCUCGGGGCCGUGCUGCUCUUCGGCCUCAGGGAUUUGUGCCUCGUCUGCCUCAGCACCUACGGMAUCAACGCCGCCCUGCUCGGCAUCAACCUGCGGCGCUGGAGGACCAGGAAAAUGGAUAAAAUCGAGUGAAAUCAACCCAAAAUGGUGAAAUCAGUAAAAAAAUGAAAAAAAACGGUGAAAAAAUGGUGAAAAUCGGUGAAAAAAUGGCGAAAAUCGGUGAAAAAAUGGUGAAAAUCAGUGGAAAAAUGGUGAAAAUCAGCACAAAAGUGAGAGAAAUCGGCCCAAAAAUGAGAGAAAUUGUCUCCAAAAUGAGAGAAAUUGACCCAAAAAUGAGAAAUUGAGAGAAAAUGGGAAAAAAAUGGUGAAAAUCGGCCCAAAAAUGGCAAAAACUGGCCCAAAAUUGACUGAAAUCCACCCAAAAAUGAGAGAAAUCGACCCCAAAAUCGACUGAAAUUGCCCCAAAUUCUUGGGGGUAUUUUGGGACAUUUUGGGGCAUUUUUUGGGGGCCAUUUUGGGCCAUUUUGGGUUCCUGUGCCUCGUCUGCCUCAGCACCUACGGCCUCAACGCCGCCCUGCUCGGCAUCAACCUGCGGCGCUGGAGGACCAGGAAAAUGGAUAAAAUUGAGUGAAAUUGGUUAAAUUGAGAGAAAACAAGAAAAAUGAGAGAAAUCGGCGAAAAAAUGGUGAAAAUCGGCGAAAAAAUGAGUGAAAAUCGGCACAAAAAGGAGAGAAAGUGACCCAAAAAUGAGAGAAAUGGACCCAAAAAUGAGAGAAAUUGACCCAAAAUGGUGAAAUUGUGAGAAAUUGGUGAAAAAUGGAGAGAAAUUGGCAAAAAAAUGGUGAAA